AUGUCAGGCUACUACAAGAAGGCUGCCGCCUUCGUCCUGCGCGCCGCUGUCAUCGACUCUGGUGCGCUCGAGGCUUUGGUCUUAUGCCUGGAGGACGGCCGCAAGCCAGAGAUUGUCUUCAAUGAGUCCGGGAGGGGCGGUCUGUCCUCAGCUCCUGGGAAGGAGUUUGACCCCUCUGUGAAAGAGUCAGCUGCCUGGGCGCUGGGUUACAUUGCCCGGGCCCAUGCGCUCAGCGACAUCUCGAAGCAUAGCCCGGAGCUCGCUCAGGUUGUGGUAGACGCCGGUGCUGUGACGCUGCUCACAAAGGUGGAUCUCGCUGAAGUCGUCGUAGAGUCUGAGAUCUUCCCUACGAUUUUGCACUGCUUGAAGGAUGUGGACGAGUCGGUGCGGAAGAAUGCAGCCACUUGCAUUCGGGAGCUUUCACGACAUACUCCCGACUUGGCCAAGCUCAUAGUAAAUGCUGGAGGCAUUGCUGCCAUGGUUGAGUUUGUCAACGACGCACGCGGGAAUUGUCGAUUGCCUGGAAUCAUGACGCUGGGUUAUGUGGCGGCUUUUUCCGAGACGCUGGCUUUGGCAGUUGUAGUGUCCAAGGGAGUUCGUCCACUGAAAGAUGCUCUCAUCAGCGAGCCGGAGGAUCACGUGAAGGCAGCUGCUGCCUGGUCGUUGGGGCAGAUAGGCCGCCACUCACCGGAUCACGCCCGGGCUCUGGCAGAGGCAGAUGUUCUGCGAAGGAUGCUGGCAGUUUAUCUCCACCAGGAUUCAAGCGAAGACCUGCAGAUCAAGACGAAGAAGAGCAUCAUCCAGAAGUGCACUCACCUGCCAGCGUUGGAGCCGCUCAUCGAUUCUCCGCCCAACAUCUUGAAGUACGUGAUCCAACAGUUCGCCAAAGUACUGCCAAAUGAUAUCGAUGCGCGGCGUGCUUUUGUCCAAUCUGGCAGCUUGCAAAAGGUGCAGGAGGUUGGUGCUGAGGCAGGGUCAAAGCUGCAGGACUUCAUCGACUCCAUCAACAUGUUGUAUCCUCCGGAGAUAGUCCAGUACUACUCUCCAAACUAUGCUGAAAAGCUCCUGACAAAGAUGGAGGAGUUCAAUCCGAGCUGA